AUGGUUCACCACUGGACAGAAUCGGACCACACCUCACCCUUUGAGGGCUCUGAUUCACCCUCACGCCAGCGAAGUCCUACACCAGGCGAUCCCAAAUACCACUACGAAAGCCUCAAUGACAUAGGCAAAACUUCUGCUACUAGUGCACCCUACACCAGACGUCGUCCAUCUCGCACCAGUUCGGGCUCGAAAGGCACCCCGCCUUCAGCCUCACCGCCCCGUGGAGACGACCAUGACGAGAGCGAACAGCGGAAUAAACCGCCUCGCAACACUUUGAAGAAGCUCCUGAGGCGCGACUCGCACCAUACCGAUACGGGAUCGACGUCACAAGGCAAACAAGAAGAGCUGGAUGAGGACGGAAGCACCAUCGGCUACAUGCCCAGGCUCGGCCAGAUAAAAGAGAGCAAGAGCAAAGUCAGCACACGAACAAGGCGUCGAGGAAGCUCCGUUGUCAGCUCCUCAGCCGAUGCGAAGGUCCUCCGUCGCCGGCAUACUGGCGACAACGCCGUGAAACGCUCGCACACACGUGAUAAGAGAAGCUCUUUGCAACGGCAUGCUGGGAACAUGGCCAACAUGUCAGAUCCCUCUCUUGUCUCGAGUGUGACGCAACAAUCAGAUGUCUCAGGUGACAGCAACUCGACAGUAUUGCAGAGGCCGUACAGCGGAUAUGACCAAGUCGCCCAGUAUCUAGAGCCUGAUGAAAGCCAUAGUCCGUCUGCGUCAACGACUGUGGAAAGCCCUGCCUUGAACAGUAUGAGUUCUACUCAACCAGCAGUGUUCCAAUAUCUCCAGUCCAGCGACGACACAGGCGAGAACUUUACGCCUACGCCCACAGAUCUUCAAGCCAUGCCUCCAUCAACCAUUGCCUCGUCGUCAUCCUCGUCAUCAUCAGGCGACAUCCAGCACGACGAUGGACGGUCGUCUGUAGCAGCAGACUCACAACACACCAUCGAUUCCCCCAUGACCUCACCAGCCUCAACACGAAGGUCUUUUAAGACAUCAUCACAUCUACCCAACCAGGGAUUCCGCAAGUUUAAGAAGCCGUUAUACGCUAGUAGUUUCGUGCAUGGCCCUGGGGAAGAAGCUGAAACCAACCAGGAAGAAGGCAGCGACGAGAGUGGCAGUGGUUCAGAAAGCGAGGAAGAAGUGAACCAAAAGAACCAGGUACCCAACCAACAUCUGACAAAAACCAUUCCUCCUCGAGCUCCGUCGACAUCCUCUCGUCAAAGCGAUCCGCACGCCAGUCGUCUUAAACAGCAAGAGCGUGAACUGGCAAAUCACAUCCUCCAAGCUCCACAGCCAUAUCAAGACUACCAAUAUGGCGCGGAGCAACCCGCCUACAACUACCCACCCAUGCCAAUGUACAGCCCGCAAGGCUACUCCGGUGCAUCUCCCGCGGCAGUGAAUGCAGCCGUCAGCUCACCACCUGGAUGGGCACCCAUGGCCUCGUUCCCAGCUCCACUAGCCAUUGGGUACGCGCCUCACCAAUCCCCAGAAAUGGCGCACGCGCAUCCCCUGUCGAUACGACCCCCUGACGGUAUGAAUAUGAUGCAGCACAUGCCCCCGCCCUUUUCCCCACACGCCGGACAGCCGCCGCUGUACCAACAACACGCGCCGUCUUCCAGUAGCCAAACCAGGCCAACGGUAGUGGGCUACGAACUGCUAGCCAACGAGCUCAGCAGAUCGACAGAGUCACGUUCGUCGAGUGGCUCUCAUAGCCGGAAUGGGAAGAAGGGUCUCGUGCCCAUGUAUAGAAAGUUUGAGCAUUUGAAUCAUCGAGUUUUGUUGCAUUUGCAAGACGAGACUAGUGAACUAGAAGAAGAACUACGGAACCUAGAUGAAUGCAUUGCCCAGAUUACACCGAGAGAUGCGGACGGGUAUGCGUAUCCUGCUUCCAGGCGGGGUGACGCGCGGUUCGGGGGUGAGAUGCACUUCAAGAGGACCGAACUCUUGGGAAGGAUUUACCAGAAGCUAGAGCAGUAUAACAAAGCAUUAUUAUCCUUUAGCAACGUAUCGAAAAGUCUCGAGCAGGCUCCUGCGCAGGCUAUCCAAGACUACCGCGAGUGGAUGGACGAGCACGAUCCGGUCGAUGAGACGGAAUCAAGCUUCUUAGAGCAAGAUGAGGACUUGGUCACUAUUGGUCCCCGCAAGCCAGCAGUGUCUACGCCUACUACUACUGCUACUGCUACUGGUACUAGUACGGCAACGCCGGCAGCCGGGCAAGACGCCCCUCAGUCAGCGCCACCAGCAAUUACCUUCCCACUACUCCUCAUACUACCCCUCGUGGCGUUUGCGAUAGUGCCUAGUCUGCUCGGACGGAUCAUUGUUAUCGGGCUGGCCGUUGGCAUGGAGGGGAAGAUUGUCAGGGAGACGCCUCAGCUCAUGAGAUUGCUGUCUUUGCGUAAUUGGAGUGUAGCUGCUGCCGUGUAA